UUCCCACAUUUUUCUCCACGCCAAACCCACCGACUCGAUCGAUCGUCGUCAGAGCGAUUUCUGCCCAAAAAUAAUCAACGUGCUGCUGCGAUCUCUCCUCAGUCUUAAGGUUUUGCGAAAGAUGAGUCCGAAAGGGUUGAUUUAUAGCUUUGUAGCGAAAGGAACUGUUGUUUUAGCAGAACACACUCCGUAUUCUGGAAAUUUCAGCACCAUUGCUGUCCAGUGCUUGCAGAAGCUUCCUUCGAAUAGCAGCAAGUACACGUACUCUUGUGAUGGCCACACCUUCAAUUUCCUCAUCGACACUGGAUUUGUCUUCCUUGUUGUUGCUGAUGAAUCAAUGGGAAGAAGUGUACCUUUUGUGUUUCUCGAAAAGGUGAAGGAUGACUUCAAGCAACGGUAUGGUGAUAGCAUCAAGAAUGAUGGCCAACACUCUCUAGCCGAUGAAUUUGACGAGGAGGAUGAUUUAUUUGAAGAUCGAUUUAGCAUUGCAUACAAUCUAGAUCGAGAAUUUGGGCCGAGGCUUAAAGAGCACAUGGAGUAUUGUAUGAAUCAUCCUGAAGAAAUGAACAAGCUGUCCAAAUUGAAGGCUCAGAUAACUGAGGUCAAAGGAAUCAUGAUGGAUAAUAUCGAGAAGAUUCUCUAUCCUUCAGGUUCUAGAUCGGGGGGAGAAAAUCGAAUUGCUGGUAGAUAAAACUGAAAACCUUCAGUUCCAUGCCGACAGCUUCCAACGGCAAGGGAGGCAGCUACGUCGCAAGAUGUGGCUGCAGAGUCUUCACAUGAAGCUGAUGGUCGGAGGAGCUAUUCUCAUCCUAAUUUGCCUUAUCUGGCUUAUGUUCCGUUGAGAUUUUCAAUGUCCGGUUUUCUCCCUAGACAAACAAAAAAAAUGCGGUUUUUUGUGAGGAUGACAUUAUUGUUUUUCAUUUCUGUACAAAAAUUGGCAAAUAUAUAUAUCUUUUGUUCGAGAAA